AUGACGACCACCCCUCCCGCCGCCGCGAGCGCGCGCGCGUCGUCGCGGUGGGAGAUCCUCCGAGUCGCGGAGCGGAUAGGCCCGAAGUUCACGCUCGGGGACGUCCUGCUCCAGCUCCCAUCCUACGACGGAUCGUCCGACGAGCUCCGCGGCGAGCUCGUCGCCGCCGCGGACGCCGCGGGCGCGCACGUGGAGUCCGCGCCGAACGGCGAGGUGAUCUACGUGUUCCCCCACCGCGCGCGCGCGGCGGUCUUGGCGCGAGACGCGCGCGAGAACAGCGCCGCGUUCCGUCGCAGGACGUGGCGAGGCGCGCUCGCGCUCUUCCGAGGGCUGUUCGCGACGUUCCUGAUCGUGUCCGUGUGCGUCAUCUUUCUCGCGCUCGUCGCGAUCACGAUCAUCGCGCUGACGCAGAACCGCGGCGGCGGCGGAAGAGGCGGGGACGAUGUCCUGCCGGUGUUCUUCACCCCGGGCGGCGGCGGCGGCGGCGGCGGAUUCGGCGGCGGACCGUACUACCGCCAUCACGGCGUGGACAAUUUCUGGUUCUACCUCUACAUGCGCGACAUCUGGUGGUUCACCUACUGGAACGAGCACGAGCAUCGACGCAUGAUCUACGAGCGCGGGAUGUACGGCGGCAGGUACGGCGCGCACGUCGGACGAAUCAACGUCGUCGACGAGAACGGCGUCGCCAUCGGCGUGCCCGUGAGACCACACGGGGGGAAAGGCGGUCCCGGUCGAGGGGGAGGCGACCCGAACGACACGCUGGAGCCUCGGCGGUGGCGCGCGAUCGCGCUGCUGUUGCGCGCGAACAAGGGCGCGGUGUUCGCGGAGCAGGUCGCGCCGUUCCUGGACACGUUCUUGCUCGGCGCGGAGGGUAGUAACGCGCGCGACGCGGGCGUUUUCGACGCCCUGAGGCGGCGCGUCGGGCUCGGCGCGAAGAAGCGCGGCGACCGCGAGCGAGACCCGUCGCGGAUGCACGAGGGAUACAUGCUUCGCGUGUGCUCGCGGUUCGGCGGGCACGCGGAGAGCAGCGACGACGGGAAGCUCGUGUACGUGUUUCCGUCGCUGCAGACGAGCACCUUGGACGACCACGACGUGGAGGCGGCGACGGUGGCGAGCUUGGGACGAUCCGUCGCGCCGAGGCCGAACAAGACGCUGCCGCCGCCGAUUCCGCCGCCGCUGUACGAGCGCCCCAGGCCGGUGUGGGAGGGCGGCGAGAAGCUGCCGCUGGUGAUCGGCCUCGGGGUUCUCAACUUGGCGCUGGUGAUCGUGUUCCGCGCCGUCGGCGGGCUCGAUUUCCGCGCGACGCGACCGCGACCGGUCGGGAUCCGGUCUCGAGGGGUCGCCGGCGCGCGCCGCCGUUACGCCGCCGGCGCGCGGGAGGACAUCCUCGCGGCGGCGACGAAGCAGACCGCGGCGAUCAAGGCGGCGCGCGACGCGGCGAUCAAGAACGGGACGGACCCGAUCGCGGCGGCGAAGGCGGCGGGCGGCGUCGUCGUGUACGAGGAACUCCCCGCCGCGCUCCGCUUCCUCGAGCUCUUCGUGAGGCUCGCCAAGGUGCGUUCUAUACACUGGUUCCCAUACGACCGCGUUCGCGUGGUGAACGCCGAUCCUUAA